AGCCAGGAGGAAGCUGCCCCCUUAGAGCCAUUCAAAAUGACAGAAAUUAAUAGAAAUCAGAGAUCUGCCCUGGCUACGUGAGUGUGCAAUGCAAGGGGGGGGGGCUGAGCUGGGCGGACUGUCCUUGCAAGGGUUAAAGGGAACCGAGCUGCCUUCCUAGAUAGGACAGGAAGCGGGGGGGGGGCAGGUCCUCCAGAGCCAAGGCCCCUCCCUCCCCAGUCCUUCCCUGCUUCGGUGUCUCUCCUGCAAGGGCUGCCUCGCUGCCCCCUCCUGGGAUCUGGUGAGUCUCCUCUCUCUCUGGGAUCUGGUGAGUCUCCUCUCUCUCUGGGAUCUGGAUUUCCAGGACUUCUCAUUAAGACGAAGAUCAAAGGGUUCCUUCUGAUCUCUUAGAAGUUUCCUGAGACCACAGAUGGAUGAUCGAGAUUCAGCUGGCCCCGAAGCAGGAAGAGGCCAUGCCAACCAAACUGGGAGCAGUGGGGGAUUCUGGGAAAACGCUGUGCUGAAGAUCCUGGGUGAGGAGGACACCCUCCGCUCAGAGGUGCAGAUCCGGCAGUUCAGUUGGUUCCGCUACCUGCAAGAUAAAGGACCCCGAGAGGUUUGCAGCCAACUCCACCACUUUUGCCGUCAAUGGCUGAAGCCAGAAAGGCACACGAAAGCUGAGAUGCUGGACCUGGUGAUCUUGGAGCAGUUCCUGGCUGUCCUUCCACCAGAGAUGGAGAGCUGGGUGAGGGAGUGUGGAGCGGAGACCAGUUCCCAGGCGGUGGCCCUGGCCGAAGGUUUCCUCCUGAGUCAGGCAGAGGAGAGAAAGCAAGCAGAGAGAAAGCAGGAAAAGGAUCAUUUUGAGGAAAUGGACUUGGAUUCCUGUGAGGCAGAGAGGCCUCCGUUGGACACCAGAGAGAGGCCACUGGGAGACAGAAUGAUGCCAGCAAGACCUCCUGAUCCGCCUUUUCAUGGGGGCAGAAGAGAAACAGUGGCUGUGGAACCAGAUCAGGGUCCAGUCUGCUUAGAAGAUGUUGCUGUUUGUUUCACGGAAGAGGAGUGGGCGUUGCUGGAUCCUGACCAGAGAGCUCUGCAUAAGGACGUCAUGGAGGAGAAUCGUGGGAUCGUGGCCUCUCUUGGAUUUGCUAGCACCUCAUUAGCACAGGCAGAACUUGGCAGAAGACCAAAGGGUUCCUUCCAAUCUCUGAGAGCCUUCCUGAGAGCACAGAUGGAUGAGCAAGACUCAGCUGACCCUGGAGCAGGAAGAGGCCAUGCCAUCCAAUCUGGGAGCAGUGGGGGAUUAUGGGAAAACUCUGUGCAGAAGAUCCUGGGUGAGGAGGACACCCUCCGCUCAGAGGGGCAGAGCCAGCAGUUGAGGCAGUUCUGCUGCCAGGAGGCCAAAGGACCCCGAGAGGUUUGCAGCCGACUCUACCACUUUUGCCACCAGUGGCUGAAGCCAGAAAGGCACACGAAAGCUGAGAUGCUGGACCUGGUGAUCUUGGAGCAGUUCCUGGCUGUCCUUCCACUGGAGAUGGAGAGCUGGGUGAGGGAAUGCGGAGCGGAGACCACUUCCCAGGCAGUGGCCCUGGCCGAAGGUUUCCUCCUGAGUCAGGCAGAGGAGAGAAAGCAGAAAAGGGAUCGUUUUGCAGAAGUGGACCUGGAUUCCUGUGAGGCAGAGAGGCCUCCGUUGGACACCAGAGAGAGGCCACUGGGUGACAGAAUGAUGCCGGCAAAACCCCUUGAUCCACCUUUUCAUGGGGGCAGAAGAGAAACAGCGGCUGUGGAACCAGAUCAGGGUCCAGUGUGCUUUGAAGAUGUCGCUGUUCAUUUCUCAGAUGAGGAGUGGGCGUUGCUGGAUCCUGACCAGAGAGCUCUGCAUAAGGACGUCAUGGAGGAGAAUCGUGGGAUCGUGGCCUCUCUUGGAUUUGCUAGCACCUCAUUAGCACAGGCAGAACUUGGCAGAAGACCAAAGGGUUCCUUCUCAUCUCUCAGAGGCUUCCUGAGAGCACAGAUGGAUGAGCAAGACUCAGCUGACCCUGGAGCAGGAAGAGGCCAUGCCAUCCAAACUGGAAGCAGUGGGGGAUUAUGGGAAAACUCUGUGCAGAAGAUCCUGGGUGAGGAGGACACCCUCCGCUCAGAGGGGCAGAGCCAGCAGUUGAGGCAGUUCUGCUGCCAGGAGGCCAAAGGACCCCGAGAUGUUUGCAGCCGACUCUACCACUUUUGCCACCAGUGGCUGAAGCCAGAAAGGCACACGAAAGCUGAGAUGCUGGACCUGGUGAUCUUGGAGCAGUUCCUGGCUGUCCUUCCUCUGGAGAUGGAGAGCUGGGUGAGGGACUGUGGAGCGGAGACCAGUUCCCAGGCGGUGGCCCUGGCCGAAGGAUUCCUCCUGAGUCAGGCAGAGGAGAGAAAGCAGAAAAGGGAUCGUUUUGCAGAAAUGGACCUGGAUUCCUGUGAGGCAGAGAGGCCUCCGUUGGACACCAGAGAGAGGCCACUGGGUGACAGAAUGAUGCCGGCAAAUCCCCUUGAUCCACCUUUUCAUGGGGGCAGAAGAGAAACAGCGGCUGUGGAACCAGAUCAGGGUCCAGUGUGCUUUGAAGAUGUCGCUGUCCGUUUCACGGAAGAGGAGUGGGCGUUGCUGGAUCCUGACCAGAGAGCUCUGCAUAAGGACGUCAUGGAGGAGAAUCGUGGGAUCGUGGCCUCUCUUGAUUGUGAUGAAUUGGAAAUCAAGAACCAGGGUGACCACAACAAAAUCCCCAGGGAGGAGAAGCCACGUAAAAAUUUGGAGUGUGGAGAGAGCUGCAGUCAGAGCUCCCAUUCCACUUCCCAUCAACAAAAUCUCAUCGGAAAGAAACCCCAUCAGUGCAUGGAAUGUGGAAAGAGCUUCACUAAUAGCUCCUAUCUCACUUCCCAUCAGAGAAUUCAUACAGGGGAGAAACCCUAUGAGUGUGUGGAAUGUGGAAAGAGCUUCAGUAGGAGCGACCAUCUCAAUACCCAUCAAAGAAUUCAUACAGGGGAGAAACCCUAUAAAUGUGUGUAUUGUGGGAAGAACUUCGCUGAUAGAUCCACUCUCACUUUCCAUAAAAGAAUUCAUACAGGGGAGAAACCCUAUCAGUGUGUGGAAUGUGGAAAGUGCUUCAGUCAGAGCCGUCAUCUCAGUUCCCAUCAAAGAAUUCAUACAGGGGAGAAACCCUAUCAGUGUGUGGAAUGUGGAAAGAGCUUCCGUCAGAGAUCCUAUCUCACUUCCCAUCAAAAAAUUCAUGCAGGGCUGAAACCCUAUCAGUGUGUGGAUUGUGGGAAGAACUUCACUGAUAGAUCCACUCUCACUUUCCAUAAAAGAAUUCAUACAGGGGAGAAACCCUAUCACUGUGUGGAAUGUGGACAGAGCUUCAGUAGGAGCUCCUCUCUCAAUUCCCAUAAAAGAAUUCAUACAGGGGAUAAACCCUAUCAGUGUGUGGAAUGUGGAAAGAGCUUCAGUCAGAGCCACAAUCUCAGUUCCCAUCAAAGAAUUCAUACAGGGGAAAAACCCUAUCAGUGUGUGGAAUGUGGGAAGAACUUUACUCAUAGAUCCUCUCUCACUUCCCAUCAAAGAAUUCAUACAGGUGAGAAACCCUAUCAGUGUGUGGAAUGUGGAAAGAGCUUCAGUCACAGCCACAGGCUCACUUCCCAUCAGAAAAUUCAUACAGUGGAGAAACCCUAUCAGUGUGUGGAAUGUGGAAAGAGCUUCAGUAUGAGCUCCCAUCUCACUUCCCAUCAAAGAAUUCAUACAGGGGAGAAACCAUAUCAGUGUGUGGAAUGCGGAAAGAGCUUCAGUAAGAGCUGCAAUCUCACUUCCCAUCAAAGAAUUCAUACAGGGGAAAAACCCUAUCAGUGCAUGGAAUGUGGAAAGAGCUUCAAUCAGAGGUCCUCUCUCACUUCCCAUCAAAGAAUUCAUACAAGGGAGAAACCCCAUCCGUGUGUGGAAUGUGGAAAGAGCUUCAGCUGGGGCUACAAUCUCACUUCCCAUCAGAGAAUUCAUACAAAGGUUGGGAAAUCCUCCAUUAUAUAGCUUUGGGAGCCAGGCAAAUACCUACCUGUUUAGGGAAGUUUUUAAUGUCUGAUGUUUUAAUGUAUUUUUAAUUGUUUGUUGGAGGG